AGGCGCCCAAAAAGUGCCAUAAGUUGCCCUUAAAAUAGUUGUUAUAGAGUUUAGUGAGAGAAACGAAAUUUCUCUCCUAAAAACCCUUGAGUUAGCGUUCUCUUCAAUCGACCUCCGACAAAUGGCCAACAGUAAUCUUCCUCGAAGAAUCAUUAAGGAAACUCAACGUCUCCUCAGUGAACCAGCACCGGGAAUCAGCGCUUCACCAUCAGAGGAUAAUAUGCGAUAUUUUAACGUGAUGAUUCUUGGCCCAACACAGUCUCCAUAUGAAGGUGGGGUUUUCAAGCUGGAAUUAUUUUUGCCUGAAGAAUAUCCGAUGGCUGCACCAAAGGUUCGAUUUCUUACCAAAAUUUAUCAUCCUAACAUUGACAAGCUUGGAAGGAUAUGCCUUGAUAUUCUCAAAGACAAAUGGAGUCCUGCUCUCCAGAUACGAACUGUACUUUUGAGUAUCCAAGCACUUCUUAGUGCUCCAAACCCUGAUGAUCCACUUUCUGAGAACAUUGCCAAGCAUUGGAAAACAAAUGAGGCUGAAGCUGUUGAGACAGCAAAGGAAUGGACCAGAUUAUACGCAAGUGGUGCAUGAUGGUAUGGUGGAAACUUACCAUCAAAUGAAGAUCAUGUUAUAUAUGCUAUUAACUGUUAAUUUGAAUCAAAAUUUGAAGAUUUGAUGUUUGAACAAAUUAUAAUUUGAUAUUUUUCAAAGCUUCCGGAUACUGCCUAUUAAAUUGCUGUCUGAUGUUGGAAGCAUCGUCUUGAAACUUGUAUGAUAAGGAAACAUUGUUCA